GAAAUCAGCUCUAGUCCAUUCCAUCAGACUCCAUGCCUUCCUUUGCGCAUGUCUCUUUUUCUCCACCUUUAAAAUCAUCAGGAAGUAAGAAAAAGGGGAGAAAGGGAGGCGACCGCACAAAUACAAUGCUCUCAGAAACUGGGAAAGACAAUCCGAAGGCAGAUUAUCUCCGAUCCGAAGCGAGCUAUUGCACACACUCCCCCGUCUCCUCUUCUCCGGAAGCCGGGCAGCUAAGCAGGAGGCGGGACACCCAGACCACCAGCGGCAGCAUCCUUCCGGAGGACAGCGGCAGCAUCCAGCCCCUGGUCUCCGCAGCCGCGGCCGCCGCCUGCAUCAUGACAUCGGGGGAGCUGAUGCAGAGCGCUCCGCUGCUGGCGCACCGAUCCAAGAGGAGCCUGCUGUACAAGGCGCUCUGCUUCCUUCUGCUCGUCUUCCAGGGCGGCGUUCUGGACUUCUACCUCAUCAUCUUCACCGACCUGUACUGGUGCUCGUGGAUCGCCACGGACCUGGUGGUGAUCUCGGGCUGGGGGAUCUUCUUCAUGAAGAACGCGCGGAGCAAGCGGGAGCGGGCCUGCGGCUUCCACCAGAAGAGCUCCAUGUUCGGCUGCAACCUCGGGGAGUUCACCUACGCCUACCUGGCCUGGCUCAUUUACGUCAUCGCCUGCACUCCGAAGGUGGUGCUCAUCCUGGAGACGUCCAUCCUGGACCUGAUCGAGCUCAAGGUUCCGUGCGGAGUGACCGGCUUCAAGAUCGUCAUGCUGCUGUCCGCGCCGCUGCUCUUCUGCCUCAUCAACUCCAUCAUCGAGGAUCUGAACGGGGCGACGCGGCACCGCUCCCACGGCUGCUUUAUGAGCACCUGCCUGGACCUGCUGGACAGCUUCACGCUGGUGGAGAUGCUGCUGAGGAACGAGAUCCCCGCCGCGUACCUCAAGUACACCGUGAUCUCGGUGUACUUCGUGGCGCUGGCCGUGCCGGUGGUCUGGCUGUACGAGCUGACGGCGGCGGAGCUUCGCUGCCGUUGGCUGUGGGCCCGCUUCUCCACGGGCCUGCUGGUCAACGCACCCCUGCUGGUAGUGCGCUGUUUCCAGGUCUACGUCUACAGGAUGCCGGUGUCAGUGUUCAUGCUCAAAAACAUCUUCUUCUUGGUGUGUAAGUUGCUGGAGCUGGUGGAGCAGUGUGUGGCGGUGCGGGGGGUCCGGAGGCUGGCCGGCGGCGGCAACAACCCGGCCCAGUUCUCCCACUGCGUGUCCGAGAACGACAUGUGUCCGCACGGAUACGUCAACACCCUGGCCGUGACCCAGUCAUAGAGCCCGGUCCCGGGCUGAAAACCGAGAGCCGCCUGCCUGUGUGGUGGCGGGAAAGUGGGGAAUUCGUGUUGCGUUCCAGACACAGCUGGGAAUGGUAAAAUUCAAAUUUGGUCCAAAUUACAAACCCAUACAGUUCCUGCUUCCAGAUAGGCUCUGGAUACAUACAAUUAUAUGACUAGGUAGAAAACGAAUUAUCAAGAUAGGCAACAUUUAAAGGGUUACUUCACCCAAAUUGAAAAAUACACAUUUCUCAGUUACCUCUAGUAGUGAGAGAUAGAGGGGCCCCAGACCCCCCCAAUCCAACCUUGCACAAUUGUGGUUGUGAGUACAAAUGUUGGACAGCAUUGGAAAAUGACAUUUGUCUUCCCACAAACAGCUGUCCCUGUUACCGUGGUUACUGUCAGAACACACUAGAAACA